GACUGUCUCCCGACACGCCGGCUGAAAGCCCUUUUUGACUGCGAGCGGCGGCAGCGGAGCAGAGGCGGCGGCGCGGGACCUGCAGUCGCCCGGGAUUCCCUCCAGGUGACGAUGCUCUGGUUCUCCGGCGUCAGGGCUCUGGCUGAGCGUCCCUGCCGGCGCUCGCCUGGGAUUACCUGCUGCGUCUUGCUGCUCCUCAAUUGCUCGGGGGUCCCAAUGUCUCUGGCUUCCUCCUUCUUGACAGGUUCUGUUGCAAAAUGUGAAAAUGAGGGUGAAGUUCUACAGAUUCCAUUUAUCACAGACAACCCUUGCAUAAUGUGUGUGUGCUUGAACAAAGAAGUGACGUGUAAGAGAGAGAAGUGCCCAGUGCUGUCCAGAGACUGUGCGCUGGCCAUCAAGCAGAGGGGCGCCUGCUGUGAGCGAUGCAAAGGUUGCACCUAUGAAGGAAAUACCUACAACAGCUCCUUCAAAUGGCACAGCCCAGCUGAGCCCUGUGUCCUGCAUCAGUGCCAGGAAGGUGUCGUUACACAGUCUGAAGUACGCUGUGUUGUUCACUGUAGAAACCCUUUGGAGCAUCUGGGAGCCUGCUGCCCCACUUGUCCAGGCUGUGUGUUUGAAGGUGUGCAGUAUCGGGAAGGAGAGGAAUUUCAUCCAGAAGGAAACAAGUGUAUCAAGUGUUCCUGUGUUGGAGGCAGGACACAGUGCGUGAGAGAAGUCUGUCCCAUUCUCUCUUGUCCCCAGCACCUUAGUCACACACCCCCAGGACAGUGCUGCCCCAAAUGUUUGGGUCAGAGAAAAGUGUUCGAUCUUCCUUUUGGGAGCUGCCUCUUUCGAAGUGAUGUUUAUGACAAUGGAUCCUCUUUUCUGUAUGACAACUGUACAGCAUGCACCUGUAAGGACUCUACAGUGGUAUGUAAGAAGAAGUGCUCUCCCCCUGGUAGCUGUGACAAAGCCAAGGAGGCCUGCUGUGAAGAGUGCCUUCUUCGAGUGCCUCCAGAAGAUGUUAAAAUGUGCAAGUUUGGAAACAAGAUUUUCCGGGAUGGAGAGAUGUGGUCCUCUGUGAACUGCACCAUCUGUGCUUGUGUGAAAGGCAAGACCCAGUGCCGCAAGAAGCAGUGCAUUCCCAUCAGCAGCUGCCCGCAGGGUAAAAUUCUCAACAGAAAAGGAUGCUGUCCUAUUUGCACUGAAAAGCCUGGCGUUUGCACGGUAUUCGGAGAUCCCCACUACAACACUUUUGACGGACGGACAUUUAACUUUCAGGGGACAUGUCAGUACGUUUUGACAAAAGACUGCUCCUCCCCUGCCUCGCCCUUUCAGGUGCUGGUGAAGAACGAUGCCCGCAGGACCCGCUCCUUCUCCUGGACCAAGUCAGUGGAGCUGGUGCUGGGCGAGAGCACCAUCAGCCUUCAGCAGCACCUCACCGUGCGCUGGAACGGCUCGCGCAUCGCGCUCCCUUGCCACGCACCGCACUUCCACAUCGACCUGGACGGCUACCUCUUGAAAGUGACCACCAGAGCAGGUUUGGAAAUAUCCUGGGAUGGAGACAGUUUUGUAGAGGUCAUGGCUGCCCCUCAUCUCAAGGGCAAAUUGUGUGGCCUGUGUGGCAACUACAAUGGACACAAACGUGAUGACUUAAUUGGUGGAGAUGGAAACUUCAAAUUUGAUGUGGAUGACUUUGCUGAAUCUUGGAGGGUGGAGUCCAACGAGUUCUGCAACAGACCCCAGAGGAAACCAGUUCCUGAGCUGUGUCAAGGGACGGUGAAAGUAAAGCUCCGAGCCCAUCGGGAAUGCCAGAAGCUCAAAUCUUGGGAGUUUCAGACCUGCCACUCAACAGUGGACUAUGCUACUUUCUAUAGGUCCUGUGUGACAGAUAUGUGUGAAUGUCCAGUGCACAAAAACUGUUACUGUGAGUCAUUCCUGGCAUAUACUCGGGCCUGCCAGAGAGAAGGCAUCAAAGUCCACUGGGAGCCUCAGCAGAACUGUGCAGCCACCCAGUGUAAGCAUGGUGCCGUGUAUGAUACCUGUGGCCCCGGAUGUUUCAAAACGUGUGACAACUGGAAUGAGAUUGGUCCAUGCAAUAAGCCGUGUGUGGCAGGUUGCCACUGUCCAGCAAACUUGGUUCUCCACAAGGGAAGGUGCAUCAAACCAGUUCUUUGUCCUCAGCGGUGACCUCUGUUCCAGUCUUUAAGACUUUGAAAUCUUGUGUCCUUGACACUGACAUAGUAGAGCCAAUGAAGGACUGCAGUAUUUGUGUGCCUGAUCCUGCAAAUACACAGAGUAUAUAUGUGUGUAUAUAUAUAUAUAGAUAGAUAGAUAGAUAUAUAGAUAUAUUCAAAAACAUUUCAUCAUUUAUAUAAACUAUAGGUGGAUUAUUAUAUGUAUAUUUUUUGCUAUAAAACAUGUAUUGUUUCUAGGAUCCUAAUCUGUAAGCCAUUGGAUACAUUGUAUAAAUAUACCAGGUGCUUUUAAUUUAAUAAGGCGGCAUGCAGACUUAUUGGAUGGCUUUAACAUCUCAUACAUUUGUCAUUUUUAAGGACGUUUUCUAAGAACCAUCGAUUGCCUGCCUGCAUUAAUUUCAGCUUUGAGUCAGGAUUUAUAAUUGAGUGAGAAAUGUGUUUCUUUGGAGAAGAGUACGUUUAUCUGGGGGCAUUUCAUGUUUCUAAGAAAGGAAUGUAUGCCGGAGAGAGAUGGCAGGAGAUUGGUAACAGGCCCUAAUGGUGCAUGCAAAGCAAGGGAUGGGCUUUUAGACUUUACUGGGUCAUGGUCUGAUAUUGUUUCCAAAAUUGGCUAGUUGCCAGGAAAUAAAUAUUUGUCACUAGGGCAUAACCAAAGACUCAAGUAAUUUCUUGCCAUCUUUGCAUAUUCCUUGAGUCUCCUAAUUAUAUAUGUGUGUGUGAUGGAUGUGACCAUUUAUAUGUCAUGCAUAGAGAUUAAGGGGUAUCUGGAUAACAUGUUAAUUCUUUUGAGCAUGAGGAGAUAUUUGGAGAAAUUGUUGUGCAACAUGCGAAGAAUAUCCAUUUCUCUGAAUCUCAAAUUCAAUGAGUAGAUGUAGGCCAUCGACAUUUGUGACUAUUCUGUGUAUAAAAUGAAAGCCUUUAACUAUUUCUAAAGGAUUCCUGUCCAAUGCUAUUUGAUGACUAUUAAUAUGUCAUAAUUAUUAUACAGGAAAAAAAAUUAUUGACCAGCUGAUUUAACAUCACUCCAAAGAAUGGUCUAUGUAUUUGCUCUAAUUUACUUAUACAUUACUACCAGUCACCAUGUGAUUUUUCCUGAGUUUUGUUUUUUGAAUAAGUGAAAAUGUCAAUAAAAACAAAACCCACUUAUGUCUAAAACUAAAAUGUUCUCCAUUAUAGUAAAUAAAGGGCUUAAGAUUUAAA